CCUGCCAUCUAUUGGAUUUUAGUUUUGUCUUCUACCUUUUUCCAGGUGCUUCAAGCACCUCAACUGAACAUAUCUAUGAACAAAUUGAAUCGUGUUACCCUAGAGCCUCACCCAUCCAUAAUAUUGCGUAUCUAAAACAAGAACUCAAUCAGUUAAAAACUUAGUGAUUCUUUCAUUGUUAUUGUAUCAGAAGAUUUGAUAAACUAGAGUUUUCGUUUUGUGUUGCAUUUAGACCGUUGAUCUAAUUAUGGCUCCAGUUCUUGGCUAUUGGAAGUUUCGAGGCCUCUGUGAACCUAUUCGCUUAUUAUUAGCUCAUGUUGGUCAAGAGUACGAAAUGAAAAGCUACUCUUUUGGACCUGAGCCUGAUUUCGAUCGGAGUGAAUGGCUUGACGAGAAAUUCAAUCUCAACCUUGACUUUCCUAAUUUACCUUAUUACAUAGACAAGGACGAAGGUGUUAAAAUCACUCAGACUGUGGCUAUACUACGAUACUUAGCUCGAAAACAUGGAUUGGUUGGUAAAUCAUUUGAGGAAAUUACUAAAUUGGACAUUGCUGAACAAUUUACAGUUGAAUUAGAUGCGUCCUGUGCUGAAGUUUGGUACUCUAGAGACAAAGAGGCAUUUAAACAGUUAGAAGGUAAAUUAUCAGCUAAUUUACCUGUUAAAUUAUCUCAACUCGCAAAAUUUAUCGGUAAAAAUCAAUACCUGAUGGGUGAUCGUAUUACUUACGUUGACUUUAUGCUGUAUUCAAUUUUGGACUACAUUCGUCUCUAUGAUUCAAGUAAAUUGGAAGACGAAAAUGUAUCAACAAUUAACAACUAUUUAUCACGAAUUGAGGCUCUGCCUGGGAUCAAAAAAUAUCUUUCAUCGGAAGAUUUCAGUCGAUUUCCAUUCACUGAACCUACGGCUCAGUUUGGUUCAUCCAAACCAAGUAAAUAAUCGGCUACUCGAUAAUCCUCAAGAACUUUCUCUUCGGAAAGAAAAAGUUCUGGAUUAAAAUAAUUAAUCUAUUUGAUGUUAAAUUUAAUUCCAACUUAUUUUCGCAAUCUUAUGGUUUAACUUACAUAUUCUGUCAUUAAGUUAAUAGUAAUUAAUCCAAAAAUUAACCUUAAACAAGUCCUUAAUGUAAUCUAGAGGUCAUUUUCAAAAUCUAAUCAGCGUCUAUGGUAAAUCAAAAUGUAGAUUCUGCAAUUACUUUUGAUUUGAUUUGAUUUUUAAAAUGUUCACCAAAAAGUCAAAGUUUAUUGGCUCUAAUCAAAUCAAUGAGAAAAUAAAGAAACAUUUUCUUGUUCUAA